AUGGGCAGUCACGGUACAGAGCCGCCCAGGGUUGCCAAGCGAACGCAGAAUGACCUGCAGUUCGGGCAUGCCGAGGACAACACGGUGAUAAAGCGCAGGCGUGAUGGCGAAGACCAGCUGGGCGAGAUGAAUGGGAUUGCGACCCUGAAGCCGAACCAAGAGGAGAUUCAAGUCAUGACGGUCGCCACGCAGAAUAAGGAACUUGUGGCACACAUUAAGACAAUGCUGGAGAAUCAAGAAAGGCUGCAGCAGCAAGUGGUGGAGAUGAGGCGGCAGCAGGGAUUCCUGAUCACGCAGAUGAUGAGCUUGCAGCAGGAGGUCGUGGACCUGAAGGAUACGACCGCUGAAGCCAUCACGAGCCCGAGCGGUGACUUCGUCAAGGCCCUGCGCCAAGCGACAGCUCCCGUCCCUACGAAGAAGCCGCCGAACCCGGCGCUCUUCCCAGAAGACCAACGAGCAACACAGGAAGACCUUCGCCUGGAGUGUCGGUCAUUGCCCAAAGCAGUUCAGGAAGCCCUCAUGAUGCCGUACCGCACUGCUUUGGGCUUCAUGCGCUCCGUCAACAUCAAGCUGACGCUUACCGCUUGGAAAAGUGUCCGUGGUGGCAUUGCGAAGGCUUUGAAGCAGUUACGACUUGCAGAUUCCACUUGCAAAAAGCCGCUGGUUUGGUCCAACGAGUCGAACGAGGGUCCGGCAUUGCUACGCUAUGUGUGGUCGCAAAGCGAGAUGAGGGAGUACGUCCCGAAAGUGCUGGAUCAGAGGGUCACCAGUGCGAAAGCCGAGACGUGGAGGCAGCGCAUUGAGCAACUGAUCAAGAACGAUCCGAACCCCAUCCCGUGGCCGUGGCACACUGGCAAGCACACCUCCGACGAUGACUGCUUCCCUGCUGAGACAUGA